GUAAACAGAUGUCAAAGUUAAAUAAUUUAAAAGAUUAUAGACUAGAUAUACUAUAAUUUUUGAAUAAUUCUUUAUUCAAAGAGUAUCAAAGAGGAAUCUUUACAGGUAUUGAGCGAGUAAUAUCUGAACUAUGGAGGGUAGAGGUCCAAUGUUGAUGCUUGCGAAAAACAUGGAUAACAUAGUAGAAAACUAUGACAAAAAAUAACACACCAGUGUUUUAGAUAUAUAAUAUCUCUAAUCUUUGCUGUCAACAAUGAAUAACAAUAAUUCAGGAAUAUUUGAUUUAAUUACAGAACUUUGUGAAAAAUUCGAAAAAAAUCCUUCUAAAAUAAAAAAUGUUCGUUCUAAAUGCUAUGAAGUACUAUUGGGAAAGAGGACAAUAAGGAUUGAAAAAAAAUUUCGAGAUCUUAGUACAAAAGACCCUUUCUGUAAUCUCAUAGCGUGGCAGUAUGUUUUGUCCCAUCAAUACAACUCAAGAAGAUGUGCAGAACAAAUUGCAGACCUUCACAAGUUACUUUCAGACACUUACAAAGUCGAGGGACAGUUAGAUACUUACAAUAAUAUUUUAACAUUUCUACUUAGUUUGAGGAAUAUUCCCUCUAUACAACAUGAUCAAAUGGAUUUAUCAAUUCUUCCCGAAUUUGGGCCAAAUCCUGAUUUCAACAGCCUUUUCAAAUUACCUGUUUCAAUUCUAUCUCAAGUGCCUCAAUAUUCGAAUAGUACUUUUUACUUGGAUUUUAAAAAGAAACAAUCAAACUGCAAUGAACUUCAGAGAGUAGAUUCCUGUACCUGUUCAGAGGUGUCUUGUAAGUCAAGCUACAAAACAGUAUCAGGGACAGCACACAAUGAAGAUGAUGAAGUAUUUCAUGAAGAAGACAAUGAAGAAAGUGUCUGGGAAAUUGCUGCUAGGGAGCCAUUUUGCAAGAGGAAAACCUGGGAGACCUACGGUCAACCAGAGCCCGAUAAGGAGCCCAUAUUUCUCUCAGAAUUGGGCGAUUUAUCUUCACUGUGGGUCGACAAUUUACAUUCCACACGAUUCAAUAAAUACUUCAGGGACGGCGUUGUAUUCAGGUCGGAAAUCAAAUCGAAAAAGAAAUUCAUCGGAGAUUUGAAAUAUCUGCUCGUUGGUAUGGCCUCCGAGUCUUUUACUUAUAAUGAUUUCGGAGAAUUAAUAAUGAUACCUGAUAUAACUUUGGAAGGAUUAACGGAAGAGACGUUGGAAGAAUACAGUAAAAAUUUCACUUUGAGUGGUACUUGCUAUAAAGCUUUGUAUGAAAUGAGCUUACCUGAUCCACAAACCAGUAAAUACAAAUGUAACGGUUAUAUAUAUGCUGAAUUGUGUGAGAGUAUUAGUAAAUACCUACAGUUUUAUAGGACGGCCAUUAUGAGUAUACCGAAUAGCAUGAAUCUCUUGGAGUUUAGCGAGAAAACUAGUCCUUUGAGAAUACAAAUUAAUACGGUAGCAUCGAUAUGUAAAGUUGGCCCUUAUAAAGAAAGCGAGGAAAUACCGCAUGGCGUUGCUCUCUUGAAUUAUUUAUAUCAGAAAGUUAUCGAAAUUAUAGAUAAGAAUAUAAUACUCGUCUUAUACUCGAUACUUUUUCCAUGCUGUCAGAUUUAUUUUGGUCGUUUUAUUCUCCAGUGGAUACUGUACGGAUCAGUGAAUGAUCCGUACGACGAGUUCUUCAUCAAGACAAACUAUAAGUAUCUAACAACAAGGGGGCGUACCUAUUGGACCAGAAGUUUCGUAAUUCGUCCUGACAUAAUUCCGGAAUUCCUCAACGAUUUGAAGGAAACGAUACUGCUUUGUGGGAAAAUGAUGAACCUUUUGAAGUUUUGCAAUCCUUUUAACAAGCUCUGCCUGUUUCUGAUGGGGAAGAAACCUCACCUGAUAUCUUGUUGCAUCACCAGAGAUCAACUGAUUCUUCUGGAACAGAGCGCUCAGACCUAUUACUUGGAAGCGUUGGAAUUUUGCGGUCGCAAACAUUCUAUCGCUUUUUUGAUCCGAAAAGAGAAGGAAAUCAACGAGGAUCUACUUGAGUUCAUCUCUCAGAAAAGGGCGGCCACAUUGAAGAGAAUCGAAUUGGAACGACAAAAAUUCGCCCAAGAGGAAUAUGACAAGAAACUGGAAGAGAGGGCAACGUUGAAGGAACAAUAUGACAUUGCCCUGCACCAGAAACAAUUCAAUAUAUUGCAGGAUAUAGAGAGGGAGAUUAAAUCAAUCGAAACUAGUAUUCAAAUAGCCAAAAAGAGGGAAUAUAUGAUUCAGCAAGAAGCUAAAGAUUUGAUCGAAUAUUACGAACACUUGUUUCAAAUAUCCGACGCAAAAAGGGAAAGAAUCGAAAAGCAUAUCGAAGCCUUAAAAAAAUACCAACUUGAUCCCACUUACAAAACAAACCAGCAACAAGAUAACAGAAAAGACGAGGAAAAAACCCACAAUGGGGAAGAACAACAGAAAGACCUACAAACUGAAGAAAACCCUAAUUCCCUGAUACCGGAAAUCAACAUAGGCGACACCAUACAAAAUAACGAAACACCUCAGAUUCACUCUGCGAAAUCUCUGGAUGAACUGAACGCUAAUCUAGAAGAAGAAGAAGAAGAAAUCGUUGAAAUCGAACAACCGCAAAGUGAGAAGGUAAAUAAUAACGAUUUGCUGGAGGAACCGAAAAACGACAACUUCAAACAGACUUUGGAAAACUUCGAGACCGCCAAAAGGAACAAGAGGAAAGUUAUGAAUGAAGAGUUGGGAUUACGAUUGGGAGAUUCGAAUACCGAUCAACCGAAAUCUAAAGUCGAAUGGAAAUCGGAUAAUUUAACGGAUGCCCAAAAGAAUAGGAUGAGAGUUAUGUCUUCAGAGUUCGAUAUAGAAAUCAAGCCGAGGGAGAGAAUCGAGAAAGAAUUAACCAUAACCGAUAUUAACAAGUUCAAAAUGAUGACUAGUACGGUGUUUAGCUAUGAGAAUUACACGGAAAAAAAAGUUGAUAACGAAAAUACUAUAAAUAGGAACAAUACUAAAGAUAAAGAAAUAGUCACGAAAGAUACUCAGAUAAGCAACCAAAUGGAACAAAAUAAACAGAUCAACGAGAAAAACGAGGCAGAGACUAAAAUAAAAAAAUCUACAUCCCUCAGUUUAGAUUUGAAUUUUAAAAGAGGAGGCAAUUCGGAAAUGGAUAAAUGCCUCCCCAUGUCGGUUGAUUCAACACCGUUCAGUGAUAUAGCGAGUGUUUCAACGAUAUCAGCGACAAGUAGAAUAUUUCCGGAAGAUAGAACAACCGGUAGUUUCCCCACUACUGCAGGGACAGAAAUGACGGACGAUGGCGCUUUCAAUUUCACCAAAAAUUACAAUAUCCCCGAUUCCCCUAACAUCCACCUGGAUAAGGCGCAUUUUUCUAAGGUUGUCUCAGUUGAAGACGUCGAAAACAUCAAACCGAUGUGCCUGAAAAUGUUCCUCGGCCAGAGCCUAUCGUAUUCUUUGGUCGUUCAAUCGAAACUGGUCAGCAGCGAACUUCUGAAUUAUUUCGUUGAAGAUUUGAGGUAUUUGCAACAUUUGAGGAAUUUAAGGAAUUAUUUCUUCCUCCAAGACGGCGAGUUUGGGAAAACAAUCACCGAUAUCCUUUUUCAAAAGUUAUACAGUGUAAAGUUUCCGAUAGAGCUGAUCAACUGCAGGGUUCUGAGCUAUAUCAUACAUGGAUCCCUGGAUGAUUCUAACAAAACUGAGGGAAUCGACAAUUUGUCCUUCAAGAUUAAUAGUCUACCGGAUUGUUUCAACCUUUGCGAUGUUGACGUUUUGAACUGUUUGUCUCUUACGUACAAGGUUGAAUGGCCAUUAAACAUCUUAUUACCGAAAGACGCCGUUGCUAAAUAUAAUGAUGUGUUCAAAUUUUUAUUGAAGAUAAAAAGGAUGAACUGGAUUCUGAAAAAAAUGUUUAAGAAUCUCAGAAUGUUGGCCAAAGAAACGGGAACAAAAGAACAAUUUCUCAUGAUUUCAAUACAUUAUAGAAGGAUUCAUCUGUUCCGUUAUGUUAUGAUGCACUUUGUGCAGUCUCUGGAGAAUUAUAUCACAGGUGAAAUAUUUCAAACGCAAUGGGCUAUCUUAGAGGAGAAUUUAGAGGGUGUAACGAAUUUAGAUGAACUCUAUGAUGCUCACACUAAUUAUUUAAAAAAUAUCUUGUUCAUGUGUUUACUAACCCAACGUUCUGCCCCACUGAAGAGAGUUCUAGAUAAAAUUUUCACAGUUAUUCUUAAGUUUUACGACAUCUUGCGUUCGAAAAAAUGGGAGUGCACAGAAGGUACUUUCAUGCAUCCCAGUUUCAAGAAGUUGGAGACCAUGUAUGAGAAUUUCAACGAACUGGUUCUCUAUUUAUUCAAAGUUGGAAAGAAAGUUGUUAAAAAUGGAUAUCAACCACAGUUCAAACACUUUUUGGAUUCGUUGGAUACAAAUGGGAUUUAUUCUAAAAUCUCAUGUGAUAGUGUAUAAUUUAUUUGAUUUUUUUUUUAAGCAUUAAUAAACAUUAACAAAUUUAA